AUGGAGAAAAACAGUGCUCGUCUUACAUUGUACAUUCGAGGUCUCUGUGUGUGUAUUGCAGCCAUAUCCCUUGUACAUUGUGAUGCGAGAAAAUCAGCUCACUCAUUUAGAACUCAAAAACAUUCAAGAAGUUGGAGCAUCAAAUUUACUAGAAAAAUGCACGAUUUGAAGCGGUUUGACACGGACAAAAGACACUCUUUUUUGGAUCCCAUUUUGAAGCAACUUGUUAUGCCAUUGGAUUCAUCAAAUAGUAAUCCUUAUAUUAGUUCACCAUCCUCUAUGCCACCCUAUGACUCCCUUGCUCCCAUUCCCUUGCCUGAUAAUAGCCCCCCAUCUACCCCACUGCCCCCUUCUACAAUCCCAAGCCCAACAGGUGGCUACACCCCAUUACCCCCUCCAGCCUCUUCUGGGCCAACAUUGCCCGGCCCAAACCCACCAACUACUGUUCCUAGCCCACCUAGUCUUGUCCCAAAUCCACCUGAUUAUGUACCAAGCCCAUCAUAUAAUGUUCCUACUCCAACUCAACCUGCGCUUAGCCCGCCUUCCGGCGGAUACAUUCCGAGCCCACACAUUUUCUUCCCGCCCAUUGUUUAUCCACCACCCACGGUGCCACCGCCGCCUCACACCUCCUCCACGACACUUUGGUGUGUGGCGAAGCCAUCGGUACCCGACCCGAUCAUCCAAGAGGCAAUGAACUAUGCAUGCGGGUCUGGAGCCGAUUGCGAUCAAAUUCAGCCUAGUGGACCAUGUUUUCAGCCUAACACUCUAUUCGCACAUGCUUCAUACGCAUUCAACAGCUUUUGGCAGAGAACUAAGGUGGCUGGAGGCACGUGUGAAUUCGGAGGAACGUCUAUUCUUGUUUCCAUAGAUCCAAGUUACGAUGAGUGCCAUUUCAUCUACUUCUGA